CGAGGUGGUUAUUAUACAGUUGUUAGUUGUUAUCAACAAUAUAAACACGAACACAAUAUUAUUUUAUCCGAAUAUUACAAGGUCUUUACUAUCUUAUCGUUGCUAUGAAUCGAUUGUGAUUAAUCGAAGAUUGUUUCAAAAGCCGUGAGAUGUGUUAUUCGGUCAACAUUUAAAGUUGUGAAUUUUUGAUUAUUUGAACAGUUCGAUAUAGUUUUUAAUGAAAAUGACUUCGCAUCAGAGAGAAACUACUGUUUCCGUGCCCCUCACUCCGACCAGAUCCGAUUUAUAUUGGCGCAGAAUAUUUAACAAAUACGACAGAGACAACGAUGGGAAGAUAUCAUACGAGGAAUUAAAAAAUAUAAUUGAAUCAAGAGAAUACGAUCAUGAUCUACCAGAUAAUGUAGUGGAGAAAAUAAUGGCGCUGGCGGACCGAGAUAUGUCUGGAUAUCUGAACUUUGAUGAAUUUGUCGCAAUGAUGCAUAAUCCAGACCUCAAAGCGGUGUUUGGACACUUCGUCGCCAGAUACGUUCAUUCAAUAAUACCUCACAGAGAUCCUGUUGAUACUACUGGAACGUGGCCAGGAUUCAGAGCGGUGUCGACGUCGGAUGGCGUCCCGACCCGUAGCAAAGCAUACUUCACGUACACAGACGGCACAUACGAGGAGGAGUACAGUUGCUGGCCGCCCGCCGUCUGCAUGAUCAUCAUCUCCCUAGUGGAGAUAGUGCUGUUCUGCUAUGACGCCGCGCAAGGCAAGACUGAUGCUACAGGACCUAUCGCGCAGAUCUUCAUCUACAAUCCACAUAAAAGACAAGAGGCUUGGCGGUUCUUGACGUACAUGUUGGUGCAUGUCGGCGUGGUGCAUUUGCUAGUCAAUCUGCUGGUACAACUGUUUCUGGGCGUGCCUUUGGAGAUGGUGCACCGGUGGUGGCGAGUGGUGCUGGUCUACCUGGCGGGGGUAGCAGCCGGCAGUCUCGCCACCAGCCUCACUGACCCCAAGGUGUACUUGGCGGGUGCCUCGGGUGGCGUCUAUGCGUUGAUCGCGGCACAUGUCGCUACUAUUAUUAUGAACUGGUCAGAGAUGGAGUUUGCGAUAGUACAACUGCUGGUGUUCCUUUUGCUGGCCAGUGUGGAUGUGGGCACUGCGGUGUACGACCGCUACUGGCGACAUCUGCAGCAGAACAUCGGCUAUGUCGCACAUCUCGCGGGCGCAGUCGCCGGUUUACUUGUAGGUAUAGGAGUUUUACGUAAUCUAGAAAAGAGGAAAUGGGAGAAGAGACUAUGGUGGGCGGCGGUCGUUCUCUACUUCUCACUUAUGAUAGCAGGAGUUUUAGCCAAUAUUUUUUGGGUUUCGCAUUUCCAGCCGAAACAGUAAAUAAUUAAAACCAAAGUAUUUUAAGUAUGCUCUUUGAAAAACUGUCAACUUUGUACAAUUACUGAACCAAAAAGUGUCAAUAGACCAAAAAUACUGAUUUUUUUUAUCUUAAUACGUUUAAAAUGCUUUUUUUAUUAUUAUGUAACUGAAAUUAUUUUCUUGUGGCAACAUUUUAAAAUUAACCUCAAAACUUUUAGCGGGAAUCAAAACAUUCCUAUUUGCCUUUGAAAUAAGCAGCUUUUUUUUACAAAUAUAUUACAAUGUAACUAAAAUUAUUUUCAUAUGGCAACAUUUUAAAAUUAACCUCAAAAUUUUUGGCGGGAAUCAUAAAAUAUUCCUUGUUGCCUUUGAUAUAAGCAGCUAAACAUUUAUUAAUGUUAUAUGAAAGAACAAUUGUAAUAAAAAAUAACAUACAAAGUAAAAUUGUGUUCAAAAUAUUUAGAAGUCUAUGCCUUGACAUUUGUAAUCGAAGUGCCUUUUUGUAUUUUAUGUAUUUAUGUGUGUAUGUUUGUUUUAAGAUGUGUGUGUGUGUGUGU